CUGUGAUCAUGAUUCCUCCGGGGGAGUGUCUGUACGCUGGAAGGAAGAGGAGGAAACCCAUUCAGAAACAGAAACCAGCAGCAUCAAACCAGAAGACUAACCCGUCCAAACGUCACCGAGACAGACUGAACGCAGAACUGGACCGGCUGGCCAGUCUGCUGCCCUUUCCUCCGGACGUUAUCUCCAAACUGGACAAGCUGUCUGUGCUGCGUCUCAGCGUGAGCUACCUGCGCACCAAGAGCUUCUUUCAAGAUAUCCAGGAGAAGCCAUACAGAAAGCCGAGCACCGAGGCCUCCAGCCCUGAGCCCAGGAAAUGCAACCUUGGGAGCGGCGUUUUGGAAAGCAGUCUUCUGCUGGAGUCUUUAACAGGGUUCCCGUUGGUGGUGAGUUCAGAUGGAGUUAUAUUCUACGCCUCCUCUACCAUCGUAGACUACCUGGGCUUCCAUCAGACAGAUGUGAUGAACCAGAAUGUCUUUGAUUACAUCCAUGUGGACGAGAGGCAGGAGUUCAGAAGACAGCUCCACUGGGCCAUGAACCCCACCCAGCAGGACCACCACGCCUCAGCAUCAGCAACUGGUGAGGAUUUCACUGUGGGUAGUCUGUUCAGUGCUCAGGAGCCGGAUGGCAUUCCUCCAGAGCUCGCUCCGUUCCUCACUCGCUGCUUCAUCGCUCGAGUUCGCUGCCUGCUGGAUAGCACAUCCGGCUUCCUGAGCAUGCAGUUCCAGGGCAGUCUGAAGUUCCUGCAUGGUCAGAAGAGGAAGAGCGAGUCGGGCAAUCUGCUGCCCCCUCAGCUGGCUCUGUUCUGCGUGGCUGUACCACUCGUUGUGCCAUCUAUCACCGAGCUCAAGAUGAAGAACAUGAUGAUAAAGAGCAAGCAGAAAGGCUCCAGCAGCAGCGAGAAGAAGUACCGUAUGUCUCGUAGCUCCACUGACCCUGGGGACAUGCUGUUGCUCAACUGGACCACCACGUCCUCCAGAGACCCCUGCCACAGCAGUCCAUGGGCUGCCCUUGCCAAAGAAGGCGUCCCCUACAGGACCGAAAGCUACUACAGCCAGGACGAGCCCCUCGACUUCUGCCUGUCUUCCGUGGGGGUCCCCAGAGUACAUGCUACAGAAAGUCCAUGGGAUACUCGAAUAGGUCCUACUGGUUAUUUUUCUAGCAAGUUAAGCAAACACGCACAAUCUGGCAAAUUCCGCACUUCUCCAGGCCUCACACCAAUGGGAUCACAGGCCAAACCUUACGGACACAGCGAAAGGGACGGGUACUGUGGCAAUGGCAAGACUGAGGGCAGGUACAUGGCACAUAAUGACUGUUACGGUGGUCUCCUGCUGCCAGAGACCGCCAUUAAAACAGAGCAGGACUCAGAUUCAGAGAACGGCUGCAGUAGGUACACCACCAUGCCCCACAACGGGGUUUGGCGCUAUGGCAUGACCUUCAACGAUAGCCAUCUGGUAAAAAACGAAGGAAACUACUACAACCACUGUAGCCCAUGCAACCAAAGCGGUGGCAAAUUGGCUGGUAUCAGCCCAACGCUUAACGGCCACCAACGGUAUCUCUAUGCAGGUCCCAGCAAGCCUUUAAAAUGUGCCCUCAACAAAGAUGGCGCCCAUUCUGACCCUCUAGGCAACCAAGCACACUGCCUCGAUGGACACGCCUACCUAAAUGGAUCUACUGAGCCCAAAGUCUUCGCCCAGCCAGACUACAAGCUGAGCUAUGAGUUCAGGAGCCACAGUCUUCUCCACUCCAUCAAACGGGAGCCCAUGGACUCUCCACCCUGGCCUGAAAGCAGCCACGAUCCCAGCCAGGCACAUGCAGACAGAAAUGUGGCGAACUGUACACAAAUGAACGCAAUCACGCACAAAGCCAAUCCCUAUUUGUUUAUGCAAUGAUGUCUGAACUGAUCUGUGGUACUUUACGGUCAGAUAUGUCUUAUGUCUUUGUAGUUAGUGAUGGAUUAAAGGAAUACUCCACUGUUUUUUAACCUAAUCUCUAUGUAAAGAGUCUAAAUCGCACUAAUGACUUGGUGUCUUGGUGGUCAUUUUGUCAGUGCAUCACUUUGGAACAGGGACUUGCUGGGUUUUUCUGGUUUGCAAUUUGUAUUGGCCUGAUUUGGACAAUUUCAUUUCAUCAGGCUCAAACUUAAGAUUUUUUACUUAUGAAAUUUAUUUGAGGCAAUUUUUGAUAUAAUGAUUUUAACAAGUGAUUUUGAUAUAAUGAUUUUAACAUAUGGUUUGUCAGGCUGCUUUUAAACUAACAAUAUCGUGUCCUCCUUGGGUUCAUUUUCGGGACAAUUUUCACUCUCAAUAUCAGGCUCAGAUUAGGCUGUAUUUUACUUCCAUCUAUGUACAUUUUUAUAGGAGCAUAGAACCAGAUUGGGCCAAUUUUCUAUUUGAGUUGUAAAUUGGGAGUUGGGACACAAUUUUCUUAAUUUUAUUGUAGAACAUUAUGCUCAUGUCAGACUCAGAUUGGGCCAAUUGCUGCUUUUGUCAUCAAAUUCAGAUUGGAUCAAUUUGCACCUAAUACAAUAGAUUCACAUCAGACCAGUUUUGCCUUAGAGGUUGACCUUGAUUUUUUACUUAAAACAUCAGGCGUAGAUAUGGUCAGCUGCCAGCCUGCUACUUGCAACAUCAGACUAUGUAACAUCCAUCAGACACUUACUGUAUUAUUACCGCACUAAAAAGCACACCAUAUUGGGGGGCACACUAUUAAUAAAUGUCUAUUUUCUGGUCUAUUUCCAAAAACAAGGAGCACCGGAUUAUAAAGCUUACCGGGGUUAGCAGCAGGCUACAGGCCGAUAAUACUCACCUCUGAACGGCAAAAGAGCUAGCGCAGUUUGCUGCUAAUGCUAAUACUGCUGAAGAAAUAAACUGAAACUCCUGUAUAUUGCUGCAUUUCAGCAGAGUGGCUUUACUGCUCCUUACAGCCUGACUGGUAAAAUUCAUACAUAAGGCGCACCGGAUUAUAAGACACACUGACGAUUUUAAAGAAUUGUAAGUGUGCCUUAUAGUGCAAAAAAUACGGUACAAUAAACUUCUUUUCUGUCCUUUCUGUCUCAUUCUCUAGAAAAUAGAAAAUGAGAAAUUACAGUUCAGGGGAACUUUGGUCAAGUCAAGAUGAGACUAUUAAGACCUCAGAAAAAAGAGAGAUCAGAAAAGAGAAAGUCUGUUUUGAGUCUCUUUUUUACAUAGUAGCAGGAAUCACAAUGUAAUAGUUGUCUAUUCAGUUGAAUCUGUGCUACAGACGCAGCAGAGAGAGAUUAGGUUAAAAAAAUGCUGAAGUAUUCCUUUUGAAGCUCAGGUUUACCCCUCCCUUUGCAGAUGCAGGUCUCAUAGUAGCACUGGUUUUGAGGGGAAGUUCUAUAUUUUAGCACUUUUACAAUGAUGUGGAAAUUUAUUUUAAAUAUAUGUAUAUUCAAUGUUUUUUUUUAUUUGUAUGUAAUGCAAAUAACUCUUAAAUGCCACAAAAAUUACAUAAAUGUACUGUUUUCUUUAAAUAAAGAUUACAUGUUGGUCUUCAUCCCAACUGGCUUUAAUACAGGUGAUAUGUAUCAUGUUUUAUGAUUUUUAAUCAUGCACAAUGUAUAAAUAAAGGGAAUUUAAUGGGGCGGGGGCUGUUUUGUGUUUUAGAAUAUAUGUUGAUUAUUUGUUAUAAUAAGUUGUUAAUUAUGCACUGUGUUUUGGAAUGAAUAGCUUGCAGAGGUUUAAGUUGCUGUCUGAAACAUAUGCUGUGUGUUUACACUUGUCAGAUUAACAAUAAAAAAAUAUAUAUAUCAACAUAAAACAUAAACCGUUAUAAUUUUGCAGCUAUAUCCUUUUCAUAACAAAUAUUGCUGAGUUUACAGGCACAUUUAUCUGUGGUCUAUCUGUGUUGUUUACCUGUUUACAGACUGUUAAUUCCCUUCUGUCAGUUCUGUCAUUUUUGUAGUCUAAAUGAAUAGUGAAUAUUAUAAGUAAUGGAUUCUAUGGUAUGUAUUUUCUUUAAUGAUUUCAACAAACUCAUUUUGCAGUAUAUUUUGAAUAUGGUUCACAACCUCUUUUAUACACGAUUUAGCUGCUGA